GUCCUUAAUAACCACCACAACACAACAAUGGCGCGUGGUCGAGCUAGGUCGAGUCAUAAACACUACAGGAAUAAUGCUAAAAAGAAAGAAAAAGCUGAAGAUCUACCAAACAAAAGACAAUAUGAAGAAUUUGGAGAAGCUCACCCAAUUGGCGAAGAAGAUUUAAACGUGAAAAGAAGGAAGGUGAAAGAUACAGAGGAAACUCUCACUGUUUGUGGAAAAGAAGAAAAUUCUGAGGAUUCCUCCAGUGAAGAAGAAAAUACUGAUACAGAUGCAGUAUCAAGACUCCUUGCUACUUUUAAUACUGUUAACUAUAAUGCCAUUGAUAGCAAUGAAGAUGAAGAUGCACUCGAUGAGGAAGAGAGUUCUGAAGCAAGCAGUGAAAGUGAAAAUGAGGAAGGUAGUGAUAAAGCUGAAUAUGAAGGGAGUGAUGGGAAUGAUGAGGCAGAAAUUGAAGACAACAUAGAUGGUGACGCAGAGGACAGUUUUACCUCUGAUGAUGUAGAAAGUUUAAGAGAUUUACAGCAUUCAAAGAAGAACAUUGGGAUAAUAGAUGAAGAGGAGGAGGAAGAUUCAUCACAAAAUGAAGAUCCAUUUUCAAAACAUUUUGAAAAGAACUUAAGUGAAACUGUUGCAGAACAGGUAAAAAAUAAAAAAAAAUGGAUAUCGUCUUUUUGUAAGUGGCCUACAUUAGGGAGAAUUAAAGUAGAAGUUCCAAAUGUUGAAAUUGAACCUCCCAAACUUUUAUUGCUAGCAGAUGAUAAAACUGAGAACUGUUUACCUAAUAUUGGAGUUACUCCUCUUCCUCCUGAACAGAAAAGAAGUCAUCUAGAUAACUUUCACAUUAGGAAAAUGUUGUGCAAGAACUUACCACAUGCAAAUGUCAAUGGCAGUUCCAAAUGCCCUACAAGUUUGACAGAUUUACAAAAAGAAUUAUUGAGUAUUUUGUCUAGUUAUUCUGAUCUCUAUUUCCCUCAAGCCACUUACAAACAUUGGGAAGAAGUGAGGACCAUUUAUGCAGUUCAUGCAAUUAAUCACAUUCUCAAGACCAGAAAAAAGGUAAUUAAUCAUACAGCUAAAAUCAGUAAAGCGGUAACUAAGAAGAAAUAUGAAGCUUCAGACAGCUUUCGGGACCAAGGAUUUGCAAGACCAAAAGUACUUAUUCUUCUUCCAUUCAAACACUCAGUUUACAGAUUAGUGGAGACAAUGAAACAUUAUUAUUUGAGAAGAGAUUUAACAACUGUCUUUCCACAUUACAAACAAAGGGAUAUAAUAGACCUGGAAAAUGCUCUCGAAUACCAGGCUCACUUAUUCCUCUUUACUGUUUUUCAGCUGUAUGCAGACUUUUACCACUCUGACAUCAUAAUAGCAUCACCUCUUGGCCUACGAUAUGUAGUGGGAAACUCAGUCAAGACUGAUGCACAGACAGAUUUCCUUUCAUCCAUUGAAGUUCUUAUUUUGGAUCAGGCUGAUAUCUUCAUGAUGCAAAAUUGGGAGCACGUUCUUGUAUUGAUGGAGAUUAUAAAUCUUCCUCCUCGUGACAUUCAAAUGCUUGAUACCGACCUUAAUCGAAUACGUUUGUGGUCUUUGGAUGGAUACUCUCGACUGUAUCGUCAGACUGUUCUUUUCUCAGCAGCUCACAUAGAUCAUAACAGAGCACUCAUUAACAAAUGCACAAAUUUCACAGGGAAAUUGCAGGUAUUAAAUCCUGUGGAGAUUGGCUCUGUGCAAGAAGUUGUGGUUCAAGCUGAGCUUGUUCUCAGUCGCAUAGCAGGGAUGAGGGAUCCAGACACUAGAUUCCACUACUUUACUCAAGAGUUGCUUCCACAGUUUCGAUCAACUAUGCGUUUUCACACCAUGGUGUAUAUUCCUGACUACUGUGAUUAUGUUCGAUUAGUUAGGUAUUUGAAAGAGGAUAGAGGCAUCAGCAUUGCUACUAUAAAUGAAUACAUGGUUGGACAAAACAGCAAAGUUGCCAAAGCUCGUAGCCUGUUCUUCGAUGGUAGACGUCAUUUCCUGCUGUACACUGAAAGAUUUCACUUCUACCGGCGUUAUCAAAUUAAAGGAAUUAAACACAUUAUAUUCUACGACGUACCAACCUACCCACACUUCUUCUCAGAGAUUUGCAACCUCAUGGUGGAAGGAAAGCAGAACCCUCGGGUUCGUCAGAAGUACCUAGGAGCCAGUACUGUGACAGCUCUUUUCCAGCGGACAGACCUCACUAAGCUGAUUGGAGUUUUAGGAUCAAAGAGAGCAGGGGAAGUUGUCAGUUCUGACAAAGCUGUUCAUCUUUGCAUUAUUGGCAAAUAAAGAUAAAUUGUCCUGAUUUACAGACACAGAUGAGUGAUAUAUUUUUGUUAGAAGGAAAAUCUAUUACUAAUUGUUAUAUAUUACAACUGCUAUAUAGUAUCAAGUUUUCUCUCAGAAUUUAAUAAUUUAAUAAAUUACACCUGUUGAGUUUGAACCUCUCAUUUACCAAUCAUUGAAAUUAGUUACUUAGGAAAAAUGUAUAUUUUAGUUAGAUGGAUUAAAGUUCAUUAUUAAGUGUUUUGUUAAUUAAUCUCUGAGAUCUCUUAAAAAAUCAUUGUUUAUUCUGUAAUUUAGAAUAUGAAUAUGCAGUACAGUAUAUGAGAAAAUGAACAGACCAAACCAAAUGGUUUGUAUAUACUAUAUGUAUAUUCUUCUUCUUUCAACAAACCGGCUGUUUCCCACCGAGGCAAGGUGACCCAAAAAAGAAACGCUUUCACCAUCAUUCAGACAAUCACAGUUUUUACAGAGGUGCCCAGAUAUGACAGUUUAGAUGUCACUCCAAACAGCCAAUAUCCCAAGCCCCUCCUUUAAAGUGCAGGCAUUGUACUUCCCACCUCCAGGACUCAAGUUCAGCUACUGGUAUCCCUGAAUCCCUACACAAAAUAUUACCCUGCUCAUACUCCAACAGCUCAUCAGGUCCCAAAAUCCAUUUGUCUCCAUUCACUCCUAUCUAACACGUUCACACAUGCCUACUGCAUGUCCAGGCCCCUUGCACACAAAACUUUUAACACCUUCCCUCCAUCCUUUAAAAGGAUGACUCCUACCCCUCCUUCCCUCCACUACAGGUUUAUACACCCUUCAAGUCAUUCUAUUUUGCUCCAUCCACUCUAAAUGACCAGACCACCUCCAUAACCCUUCUUCAACCCUCUAAACAAUACUUUUUGUAACUCCACACCUCCUAAUUUCUACACUACGAAUUCUCUGCAUAAUAUAUACACCACAGAUUGCCCUUAGACACACCAUCUCCACUGCCUCCAGCCUCCUCCUCGCUGCAGCAUUCACAACCCAUGCUUCACCACCAUAUAAGAGUAUUGGUACCACUAUACUCUCGUACAUUUCCUUCUUUGCCUCCAUGGAUGACGUUUUUCGUCUUCACAGACACCUCGAUGCACCACCCACUUUUUUCCUUCAUAAGUUUUACUCUGGCUUCCUCCUUGCUGCAGCAUUCGCAACCCAUGCUUCACACCCAUAUAAGAGUGUUGGUACCACUAUACUCUCGUACAUUCCCUUCUUUGCCUCCAUGGAUAACGUUUUUUGCCUCCACAGACACUCAAUGCACCACUUAGCUUUUUUCCUUCAUCAAUUCUAUGGUUAACCUUGUGUUUCAUAAACCCAUCUACUGAUACGUCUACUCCCAAAUUUCUGAACACAUUCACUUCUUCCAUACUCCCUCUCUCCAAUGUGAUAUCCAAUUUUUCUUUGAUACUCUAAUCACCUUACUCUUAUCUAUGUUCACUUUCAACUUUCUUCCUUGACAUACCCUCCCAAACUCGUCCACUAACCUUUGCAACUUCUCUUUAGAUUCUUCCAAAAACACAGUAUCAUCAGCAAAAAAGUAUUUGUGUCAACUCCUAUUUUUAUUUGAUUCUCCAUAAUUUAGUCCCACCCCUCUCCCAAACACCCUAGCACAGGGGUGGGGAACCCUUAGCACACAUGCCAAACCCGGCAUGCCAAUGACUUCUUUCCGGCAUGCUAACCUCUGGACUCAUCUCAAAAAAACAAGAAACAAAAAAAAAACGACAUUUAUUACAUAUUCAUUCCAAGA